CCCGUCACUAUGAAUUGUUUGUCUGCCCGAAAACGGCCAGUUCAACCAGAUGUCACCACCACAACAAAUCAUCACUUCAACAUCAUCAUCAUCAAAUUAAUUACAAAUCGCCAACGCAAGAGAAAGAAAUGGCUCUAUCAAAUAAAGCGUCACGGCGAAAAGUCAUCGAACCGCAUCUAAAAUCAAUAGGCAACCUCCGACCAAUCUUCACCUCACUCAACGGCGAUCACUCAUGGCUCAUGUCCUUCCCGCGCCCAGCAAGCGAGGUCAAAGAGCAUGGGAAAGCCUUUUUCCAUAUUGUGUACGAGCCGUGGCUGGAAGGCGGCGCUAACUUCCUACCAAGCUUCCUGAUUAACAUCACAAUGGUACAAAACCCUGCUAUCAAAGACGCGGCAGCGGUGGAAGCCCUGGUGCAAGAAAUCGAGGAACUUGCCGCUCAACGUCUAGGCAUCGACCAUACCGCCGCAUCUCAAAAUAACAAAGACGGAUAUACGGGAGGAAUCGAUCUCAUUUUGCUUUGCUUCGACUUCCGCGACCACGUACACGAGGCAACAUUACGAAAGUUUGAUCCGAGGAUUCCGGUGCUAGCAUCAACGAAUGCAGAGCGGGCUGUAACGUCGUGGAACCAUUUCAAAAAUAUCGAAAUACUCAGUGACCUGCCCUUUCAUUCCAGAGCAUGGCAACUAUCCGAAAAAGAGGCACCACGCUAUAUGCCCACGUGGCUAACGACAAGGCGACUGUUAUCAGACAGGCCGCUAAAUUGUAUGCUGGUAAUUGUAUGGACGCGGCUUGCGAAUGUAUCGAAUCUCGAAAAGCAUGAGGCCAUCCUGAUUGCAGCCCAUGGCGUACAAAUGGACAAUGUGUUUAUCCAGGCCUUUUUAAAGUCGGAGCCCGAGACGAUCAAGCUUGCCAUGCUGCACAAUCUCAAGGACAGCUUUGCUGCUGGGGCACAAAACACGUUUGGAGCAAAGUCGGGCUUAGCCCUGUACCGAGCACUAGACGAUUGCGAUUACUGGAUAGCGACACACGACGGCCAACUGAGUUAUACUGGUAUCAUUCUGCGGCUACUGUUUACUGCUGACAAGCCCAGGACGUUGGAGUGGGCGUUGACCGAAGAGGAGGCUGAGAGGAUUGCCGAUGAUAAACCAAAAGUGUUGAGACGAGAUCCUACCAUUACACGUGUCGACAAUGGAGGGUCGCUUGUACUUGUUUGAGACAUGUGUACACUAAAAAGCGAGCGCUUGACGGGCUCGUGUGAUGUGCCGAGGCGGUACUGCGAUUGGGGUACGCCGUUGUAUUAUUAUUACUCUGUAACAACUAGAGCGCCAUGAGGCCAAACUGUACAUACCAUUCAACAACUAAUACACGCUAUUACUUGUCUCCAUA